AGACAGCAGAAGAGAGCAGUGAAGUGCUUGACUACAGUAUGUGACAGGAGACAUUGGCUAUAAUUUAUGUGACCUGCAAUUGCUUCGCCAUGGGUAAAUGCACUGCACAUUAAAGAAGGGCAUAGAUAGAAGAGACACCAUGCUUUUAUUACUGUAGUAAAGAUUAGAGUCGCAGCCAAGGUUCCUCCCCCAGCUAUUUGCACAUGGUUCUGGUUAGGAAACCUCCGAGUCAAGAUAAUACAUGUAGUUUCAGAUAGGACAUACACACGCGCACAUGGACUCACAAGACAGAAACACUCGUGCCCUGCUGUCACACUCUGUGUGUGGACUUGCUUGGAGCAGAUGGUCUAAAAUGAGCUCCUCAGGCUGGAUACUGGCUGUGUGUCUUGUGGUUCUUGGAGGAGGCGGACAUGCGGUGCAGGCCGAAGAAGGGCCAGGCAGCGAGAGAAACUGUUCGGCAAUUCCUCCGUAUUUGCCACCAACAGCUGUAAACACAGCUCUGAGGCUUCAUGACUUGAGAGAGUCCAUGAUCCCUUUGAACAUCUCUGCCUACAUCAUCCCUGCCACAGAUGCUCAUCUGAGUGAGUACAUCGCCCCCAGAGAUGCGAGGUUGGCCUGGAUGUCUGGCUUCACUGGCUCUGCAGGCACAGCAGUAAUUACUCAAAACAAGGCUGUUUUGUGGACCGAUAGCCGCUACUGGAUUCAAGCAGAGAGACAAAUGGACUGUAACUGGGAGCUAGAGCGAGAUGCCUCCAUUCGCAGCAUUACCAACUGGUUAAUCCUUGAGAUCCCUGAGGGAGAUCAGGUGGGCUUUGACCCAUUCCUCUUCUCUGUAGACACAUUUGGCGUCUACAAUACCAACCUGGUUCCAGCGGGCCUGAUCCUGAAGUCUAUUCCUGAUAACCUGGUGGAUAAAAUAUGGACAGAUCGACCUUCUCUGCCUUCUGACAAUCCCAUACGCUUACCUGACAGUGUUAUUGAGAGGACCUGGCCAAUGAAAGUAGAGCAGAUACGAGCCCAAAUGAGUGACAAUGCAUACAAGCCCACCGCUGUGCUGCUUUCAGCUUUGGAUGAGACUGCAUGGCUGUUUAAUCUACGAGGCAACGACAUCCCUUUUAAUCCAUUCUUCUAUUCUUACACUCUGCUGUCAAUGGAUGAGAUAUGGCUCUUUGUGCACAUUGAACGAAUAUCAGAAGAGUUGAAGGUGUACCUGAAUGCUUCGUGCUACCAGGCCUAUUGUGUGCAGCUGCUUGAGUACAGCUCUGUGCGCACGUACCUGAGUUCCUAUCUAAAGACACCCAACACAAGGGUGUGGGUGGGUACAGAGUACACCAACCAAGCCCUGUAUGAGCUCAUCACUCCUGAGGACAAACUACUGACCAGCACCUACUCUCCAGUACUGACCACGAAAGCAGUGAAAGAUGUGACAGAGCAGCGAAUUCUCAAAGAAGCUCAUGUUAGGGACGCAGUCGCAGUCAUGCAGCUUCUGUUGUGGCUUGAAAAGAAAGUUCCAGAAGGCACAGAGACCGAGCUCACAGCAGCACAAUUUGUUGAUCAGUGUCGCAGCAAGCAAAAGAACAGCAGAGGGCCGAGUUUUGAAACCAUUUCUGCAAGUGGACCUAAUGCUGCUCUUGCUCACUACAAUCCAUCUAAUGAAACUGCAAGAAAGCUGACAGUGGAUGAGAUGUAUCUUGUUGACUCUGGAGGACAGUACCUUGAUGGAACCACUGAUAUAACACGUACUGUGCACUGGGGUAAACCCACUGACUUUCAAAAGGAGGCCUACACGAGGGUGCUCAUGGGAAAUAUUGAGAUUUCAAGAACCAUCUUUCCUGCUGGAACUAGAGGCGUGAACAUGGAGAUGCUGGGACGAAGAGCAUUGUGGGAAGUUGGUUUAAAUUAUGGUCAUGGCACUGGACAUGGUGUGGGGAACUACUUUGGAGUCCAUGAGUGGCCUGUGGGUUUUCAGUCCAAUAAUAUUCCAUUUCAAGAGGGGAUGUUUACAUCAAUUGAACCUGGUUAUUACAAGGAGAAUGACUUUGGUAUAAGGAUAGAGGACAUUGCUGUCAUUGUUCCAGCUACUACAAAGCAUAGCAGCAGUUACCUGACAUUUGAAACAGUCUCAUUGGUGCCUUAUGACAGAAAACUGAUAGACACAUCUCUUCUAAGUCCUGAGCAGCUGCACUGGCUGAACUCACACUAUGAGACCAUCCGGAGCGUGGUGGGUCCCGAGCUGGAGAGGCAGGGGCUGAAGGAGGAGUAUGACUGGAUGAUAACGCACACGGCACCUUUCCUUACAGCUGGAGCUUCAGCUGUCAUCUCCUCAGUCACACUGUUAGUAACAGUGGCCUCUGUUUUACUGCAUAAUCUGCUGUAAAUAUGUACUGAAGAGCUUGACCUCCACAGCAUUCAGUACUGCCUCUGCUCCUACUGUGGGCUGUUACAACAAACCCACUUUCAGGUACAAACAGAAAAAAUCUCCAAUGUUGAAUACAACUAUUUUUUCUCAUUGAUCUGGUUAUUUCAAGCCACUUUCAGUGGAUUUACCAGACAUCAUUAGGAUUUGGCCUUAAGUUUGUUUGAACUAGUGUUAAUAUUGUAUAAUGUACUUUAUGUCAAAGUUUUUGCAUAUAUUUAAUUUUAAAAUAUUUGAUUUGAAAAAGAUAAAGUACUGGUGUAUGUAUGCAGAAUUUGGUUAAGACAAUCAUUAUUGAUUUAUAGUUUAUUAAAAUAUGAUGCUACUACAGUAUCUCCACUACAUUUGAUUUCUAUGUGUUUUAUGUUCUAUGUUUUCAUACUUGACAGUCAUAGUUGUAGGUAUCAAAAAAAAUAACCUGCUUCUACCACAAAAAUAAUUGGAAAGUCUUAACUUUAAGGUUUUUUAUUUCUGCUGGCUCAUUCACGCCAGUUGUUCAGCACAAAAAAAUAAAGAUAAAUUACUCCAUGAGUAAAUUCAUAAACAAUAUUGGCACUUUGUAUGAUGCACAACCUUGAUUAGCAAUGUUGGGCAAAAUUUCUUUUAAAAGUAAUGCAUUGCAAUAUUGCGUUUCUCCCUAAAAAGUAACAAAUUGUGUUACUUAGUUACUUUUUGUGGAAAUUAAUGUUACAUUACCUUUGCAUUACUUUUUCUCAUCUGGGCUGGGCUUGUGAAAUGAAUAAGGCUCAGGCUGAAGAAAAUUCAAAUUCACAUCUGUACAGUACAAACAAACAUUUCAGCUGUGCUGCCAUUCUGGAUUGCAGAAGAAUUGGACACAGGGGAAAACUCUUACUUUAGCAAUAAAAACAAAAAUAAACACAAAAUAGCAAUUUUUGCUUAUUAGCAUGGUUGAAUUGAAUCACCGAAGGUCAGCAGCAAAGACAUUGGUUAAUAAAGUGAGAUUAAAUACAUAAAGUAUAUUUGUGUAAUUUAACAUUUUUAAUUAUUGCAGGUUUGCAUAAUAUCCUGAGUUUGCAUUUCAUUUCAUUUUUAAUUUUUUUUGAUGAAUACUGAAUCUGUUUUUGUGCAAGUGAGAUGAGUAAAUGCCUGCUCACAUUUAGUCUAGAACUACAAUAACCAUCAUGUUUACACAGCACACAUAUCGCCUCUGCACCUCAAUUCUGAUCUCUCUUAAAGGGUUAGUUCACCCAAAAAUGAAAAUUCUGUCAUGAAUUACUCACCCUCAUGUGGUUUCAAACCUGUAAGACUUUCGUUCAUCUUCGAAACCCAAAUAAAGAUCUUUUUGAUGAAA